CCAAAGCCAGUGUGAUCUCUGAACUUCUCAUUGCCGGAGACUGCAACUCUGCAACAGAGAGAAGAAGGCGAAGGAAGAAGAUGACGAUUUUCCACUUCUUCAACUGUGCAAUACUCACUUUCGGUCCACACGUCGUAUAUUACUCGGCUACUCCGUUGUCUGAGUAUGAUACUCUUGGUACUUCAACAAAAGCUGCUCUUGUCUAUCUUGGAACAGCAUUGGUGAAGCUUGUGUGCCUUGCAACAUUUCUUAAUGUAUCAGAAAGUGAUAGUUUUGAUCCAUACCAGGAAAUGUUGAAAGCUUUAAUUGGGUUUAUAGAUGUUGCGGGACUUUAUUUUGCAUUGACACAAUUGACGCACAGGAAUAUUUCUCAGAAUCACAAAUUUCAAGCUGUUGGACUUGGCUGGGCUUUUGCUGAUUCUGUUCUUCACAGGUUGGCACCCCUCUGGGUGGGUGCUAGAGGAUUGGAGUUCACUUGGGAGUACAUCCUACAAGGCAUGGAAGCAAAUGCCAAUUUGGUAUUUAGCAUAUCACUAGCUGCAUUGGGGUCUCUGAUGUGGCUGCGGAAAAACAAACCCAAGACAUUGAUUCCUAUUAUAUAUACACUUGCCGGGAUUGUGGCAACAAUGCCGUCAAUAACUAGCUAUCUGAAACGAGGCCUGGGGUGGCAAUUUACAAAGGUUGUUGGCUUUGAAUUAUUCACCUCGUUGGGGAUUGCAUUUAUCAGCUGGCAGUUAUUUUCCGCUUGCCAAAGGCCUUCCAACUGAGGAAUUAGGGCAUUGUUGAACAAAUUUGGUUCAGUGCGGAUAAGUUUUCAGCUUUAAUUUUUCUUUGAUAAACUUUUGUAGAAGAAUAUUUGAAACCUGAUUUUAUUUCCUAUUCUCCAAAAAUUCCAUGUAACAGAACAGAGAUGAAUUUACAUAGGCAAAUUUUGCCCUGUAGCUUGACAAAAUACGGAGUACUUAUUACUGAUUUGAAA